AUGAUGCCCUACGACGAGUACGGCGCGCGACUUACCCCUGAAGCCGACGCCAACGCUCAUCUUCGCGACUGGCUUCGUGCAUUAUCUACAGAUCUUGUCGCUGAAAGCCCGAACGAGCUCGACAUUGAUGCCCUCGCGAAGCGCGUCGAGCAAGCGAAGGACGAAGCAGAUCGUGAUUUUAAGACAGCGUACCUCCGCGUGCCAGCAACCGUAAACGGGCAAGACGUCGUACAACUCUUCGACGACGGCGCUUUCGGCAAGUCGCACCAACUUACCAUCAUCGGCGAUGAAGUCUUCGUAAAGCUCCUCCCCUCAGCCUGCGUAGUCGUCUGGCCCUCCCUCCUCUACCGCCUCCUCAAACGCAUCGAAGCCGCCGCCGGCCGCUCAGAAGUCGAGCUGGACCCGGAGAACAGCACGCUCAUGCACAGCCGGCAUCUCGGCGUUGACAUCGCCAGAGAGCCAUCCGGCGCCCUCACCCCCUCGCCCCUCGCCUCACACGUCAACUACUGCCCGAGCGUCCUCGUUGAGAUCGGCACGUCCGAGUUUCCGGAGGAUGUUCCGGGCGAGAAGGACUGGUGGGUCGACUUUAGCGAGCAGUCUACGCACGGAAAGCUCGGCCUCAUAAUCCUCAUAACCCUCUCCAAAUGCUCCAAAUCCCUCUGCAUAACGCUCUGCCCCGCGUCCUCGUUCACAGCGCAUCGAACGCUCACUCUGCCGUUCGACGGCGCGCUGCCUGAUACGGGACGGUUGGAGUUUGAGGUUGAGUGGUUGUACGGGGGCGAGAGGCCGGAGUGGUGCGAAGGAGAAGGAGAGGGAGAAGGAGAGAGGGUCGUGCUGCGGAAGGAGGAUUUGGAGGUGUUCCGGGGGGCUGUUGGGAGGCGGGUGUUCCCGAGGAGAUGUUGA